AUGAAAUGCUUAGUUAAUUACUUACGCAAUCGAGAGUUACUUGAGGGCAGCUACACCGGACCUGAGAUUAUUGGAUUUAAAAUAAAUUCAGAAGACUCCGUAUGCUUAGUAGAAAUGCAGAAAAAGCUUGAACGCAUUUAUCAAGAUUUAGCUGAAGAAAUUAAAAGUGAUAAAGAUCACCUUCCUUUCACCGAUUGCAUGAUUGAGCGUUUGAAAGAGUUUCAAUUAGGUGAAGUUUUUUUAAAGAAAUAUUACUAUGAAAAAGCUCUUAUAAUUCCAAAACGAAAAAGACAAAGAAGAAUAUCAACUAUCAACAAUGUCAUUAACAGAAGUUUCGAAAUUUCUCUUAAAAUUUGUGCAAGCAAUGAAAUUUUAAAUAAUUUGUUUGAUAAACUUUAUCCAGUUGUAGUUGACAUGAGAAACAGACGAAGUCUUUAUCCGAAAAUAAAUGAUUGUUUCAACUUAACUGCUUUGUCACUCGAACCAUCUAAUAAUAUUUCUUUGAGUACCUCAAAUUGCGAGUUUUUUAUUGAAAGUAAGAGAGACGAGUUUGAAACACAAAUUGAAAAAGAAUUUGGAUUAGAACCCGAAAAUCUCUCAAGGAAAUGUUCCGAAUGUAUUGCUGACAUUCUCCAUACUGAAAAUUAUUACAUGAAAGCAAUCAUUGCUUCGGAUAUUGAAAAAAUUGAUGAUAAAAAUCAUACAAGCGAAUAUAUCGAAGAAAUGAGAAAAGUUUACACAGGUGUGUUGAAUUGUUUAGAAUUAUAA